AUGCCUGAGAAUUAUUCAUCACUGAAUAUUACAACAUCCACUGAAUCUUCGAAAUCUACUAUAUCCACUGAAUCUACUAAAUAUUCUAUAUCCACUGAAUCUACUAAAUCUUCGAAAUCCACUGAAUCCUCUGAAUCUCCCACUGAGUCCACUGAAUCUUCCAGUUCCACUGAACCAUCUGACUCCACCGGUUCCGCGAUGCUUCGUGGCAGGAAAGAAACGCCACAACCAAACUCCGUUUUCGAAUAUGAGAAUCCAACAGCGUUACCCUGCGAGUCGGUCGAACACGAAAAGUAUCUAGGAAAACACACUGUCUUUACCGCCACAUGCGAACAAUCUCGCGCAGAAUCAGUAAAGGAAUUGCUGCGUCUUGAUCACCUCAACGACGAGGAACACUCCGUUGUGGAAGCGUUAGUAGAGGCAAAUAGCGACUUGUUCUAUCUUCCUGGUGAUCGGCUGGGAAAAACCACAGCUAUUCAACAUAAAAUUCCAACCAUAAAUGAUCAACCCAUUCAUGUGAAACAAUACAGGUUCCCGCCGAUACACCGCGAGGAAAUUACAAGGCAAGUCUCCGAAUUAUUAGAAAAUGAUAUUAUCCGACCGUCAACCUCGCCUUAUAGCUCGCCUAUAUGGGUGGUUCCGAAAAAGCCCGACUCGCACGGAAACAAGCGUUGGCGCAUGGUGAUCGAUUAUAGAGCACUUAACGAAAAUUCUAUAGCUGACGCCUACCCACUUCCGAACAUCACCGAAAUUCUCGAUCAAUUGGGUAGUGCAAAAUAUUUUAGCACGUUUGACUUAGCGAGUGGAUUCCAUCAGAUUCCACUCGCUGAACAGGACGCUGAGAAAACAGCUUUUUCUACACCCUAUGGACAUUAUCAAUUUAAUAGAAUGCCCUUCGGGCUCCGAAACGCGCCUUCCACCUUCCAGAGACUUAUGGACUCAGUUUUGUCGGGAUUACAGGGAAAUGAGAUGUUCGUCUAUCUAGACGAUAUUGUCAUUUACGCAAGCUCGCUGACCGAGCAUAACAUAAAAUUCAAAAACCUAGCUGCCCGCUUACGAGAAGCAAAUCUAUUUCUCCAACCCGACAAGUGUGAGUUCCUGAGGAGGGAGGUUGCGUACCUCGGUCACGUUAUAGGCCGUGACGGCGUUAAACCGGACCCGCGAAAUGUAAGCGCUGUUAAGAACUUUCCUGUUCCUAAAGACGCCAAAGGCGUUAGACAAUUUCUUGGACUGGCUGGAUAUUACCGCCGCUUUAUACCAAAAUUCGCUGAUAUUGCAAAAUCACUAACUUUACUUCUGAAAAAGGAUAUAAAAUUUGAAUGGAAGCAGGAGCAGGAAAGGGCUUUUAUGACUCUCCGGGAUAUGUUGUGUACAGAACCGAUAUUACAGUAUCCUGAUUUCUCGAAACCGUUCAUUGUCACCACCGACGCGUCUGGGCAUGCGAUUGGCGCCGUGCUUAGUCAGGGAAUAAUAGGACGGGAUAUGUUGUGUACAGAACCGAUAUUACAGUAUCCUGAUUUCUCGAAACCGUUCAUUGUCAGCACCGACGCGUCUGGGCAUGCGAUUGGCGCCGUGCUUAGUCAGGGAAUAAUAGGGAAGGAUCUACCCAUAGCGUAUACGUCCCGAGUUCUAAAUGCCGCAGAAUUAAAUUACCCUACAAUAGAAAAGGAGUGCCUAGCAAUAAUGUACGCCGUGCAACAUUUCCGUCCAUAUAUUUAUGGACGCGAAUUCCAAUUGGUAACGGACCACCGACCUCUGGUAUGGCUCCAUAGUGUGAAAGAUCCACAAUCUCGCCUAGUAAGGUGGCGCUUGAAAUUAGCUGAAUUCGAGUAUAGGGUCGUGUACAAGCAGGGAAAGGAAAACAUGAACGCGGAUGCUUUAAGCCGAAACCCCGUUCAAAUCUUCCCUCUCACCACAGGAAGCGAGUCUUCUUCCGACGACGCGUUAUUCUCUCCACCAUCCUCGCUCCAGUCCAGGCCACCGCCGACUGAAAGACCGGCUUCCCCCACCAUAACGCUUCCCCCAUACAGACUCGACGCAAGCCCCCCACACACAACGCCUACGCACACGGACUCCCUACACCUACCUCAACAUACACCGGAUCCUUGCCCCAGUGACACAGCUGACUGGUCCCCAAUCGAUAAUGACUCUCCAACUAAUCUGGCAGACAUUCCACAAUACGACAGCGACGACAGUACAGACGAUGAAUUAUUCGUAUCAGACGACCAACCCUUCAUACAGCAUCACCGACUGAUAACAGAAACCCGCGACAAGCUUAGCAUGAGAAGAGACAAUACUGUUUAUUUCAUGACUAUGAAAGGAGAGCCGCUCGACAGAUCAGCGGAAGAAUUUUUAACCGCAUACCAUAUUCAGAGUCCACCUGGCAUAUUUUUAAAUCGUGCAAGGGUAAUACCAUAUAACAAUUCGAAACAUGCAAUAGGACUUCCAAUCAAAUCCAGCUUGAGAGAACCCGCGAAAAAAGAUAAUAUUGCAGAAGCCUUAACUUCUUUAUUGGAAGUAGUAAGGGAAUUGGAACUAAAAACAUUUAGCAUAGCGAGAGUAGCAAUAGAUGACGUUUCGUGGCCAGUCGUACAAAGUCUGAUUAUCCAAAUCUUCCACCUCAACCCUGUGAAAAUAAUAGUUUGCCAGGGCCUCACGAGAACUCCCCCGCAAGAGGAACGCGAAAAUAUAAUCACGGAAUGCCACACAUCUGCAUUUGGCGGACAUAAGGGCGUAAGCAAAACUUAUUCGAGAAUCCGUGAAAAGUACUAUUGGGGAACAAUGAAAGCCGAGGUGCAAAAAUUUAUCCAGAAUUGCCAGAGCUGCCAGAUUCAAAAAUUAACAAGACAGAAGACUAGACAACCGAUGACACUGACAGAUACACCGGGAGCCGCGUUUGACAAAAUUUCCAUGGAUAUCGUCGGCCCCCUCCCAACCACUUCCAACAAUUCCUCGUACAUAUUAACAAUGCAAGACUUGCUAACAAAAUAUUCCGUUGCCGCUCCUCUCCAAAAGGCAUCGGCCGUCGACGCAGCCGAAGCAUUCGUAAACGUUUUCAUCUGCAAACACGGAGCACCCAAAGCUCUCAUUACCGAUCAAGGCUCUCAUUUUCUAAACAGUCUAUUUAAAGUUAUCGCAAAGAGAUUUAAAAUUUCACACUACAGAACUACUGCGUUUCACCCGCAAUCCAAUGGAUCCAUAGAACGAUCGCACCAUGUACUAGCUGAAUACCUCAAACACUUCAUAUCGAAAAAUCAGGAAUGGGACACGUGGCUCCCUAUGGCCAUGUUCUCCUAUAAUACUAGUGUACAUGAAAGUACGCGGUUCACUCCGCAUGAACUGGUAUACGGAAAGUUAGCUAGGGUUCCCUCGAGCGAUGCGUCACCACUAGAUUUAGCGGAUGAAGGAUACACAACAUAUCUCAGGGACCUCAACCUCAAAAUCUACGACACACAGACACAAGCGAAACAAAACCUAAAUACAGCGAAGUUAAAAUAUAAACACUAUUACGAUCGAAAACUUAAACCUGUAGAAUUUCACGUCGGCGAUAAAGUGUUCUUACUAAAAGAACCACGCAAGGGCAAAUUCGAUGCCCAGUACACCGGACCCUACGUGGUCACACAACUAUUCGCUAAUAAUAAUGUCGAGAUAACCAUUAGGAAUAAGUCUAGAGUAGUACAUAGUAAUAAGCUCAAAAUGUGCAAAUACGCGAAAUGA